AUGUUCACGAUUACGUCUUUGGCAGUCGUCUACCUCCUGCUACGUUGCUUCCACUUGCAAACCCCCAGAUAUGAUGAAGGUUCACCUGCAAGAUUACUUGCUGAGAAGGAGGAUGAUGAGCCAUGCAAAUCCGUACGUGGCGUUCAGGAAGGAGAGGAUACAGGGCAAGGCGGCCUUAUUCAAUCGCAACUGUUUGCAGGGGUGCCUGCGGGGGAUAGGGCCCCAACGCGUCUCGCUAUACGAGAACGCACGCCAAACGCAGGGGCCUCUCAAAGUUUGACGAGUACAGAGGUGAGGGUGGGUGGAGAAGACCAUAUAUCUGAAAGCGAGAUGCGUGAAAAAACGGGGGAGAGUAGUAAUGGAUGGACAGAGCAGGGGCUAAGCCGACAGCUUCGACUGCAAGUAGUAAAUAUAUUUAUGAGUAUAGAGACUGCUUCUUGUUCUUGCAUUUCGCUUCUACCUAUGCUGACGGCUGACCAAGGUCUGCGACUCGCGUUCAAGGUGUUGCGUGUUUUUGCACUACAGUUGGGAGCUCUUGCAAUUGUUCCCGUUUCAUUUGAGCAUCUCCGCCAGCGGGCAGGGGAGGCUCUUCUCUAUUUGGCUUCCGUAUCUCUCGACAACGGCAGUCACGAUAGCAAUCAGCGGAACAUAUGCCAAGAACUCCACUCGCUGGCAGGGCUGAUCUCAGGCAUCAAGCAGCCCUCGAUGAGGCAUUUAAAAACGUCUAGUAGACUCCUACAAGUCAAGUUGUCUGUUCUCGUGAGAGCCAGUAUCCUUGUCGUUGGUUUUUCUGUGGAUAUUCUGAUGGGACUGUUGCAGCACGCAAUUGUCUCAAGUCGAGCGCUGCCGGCAGACUUGGUGGACCAACAGCUUGGCAUUUUGGAUGCAUUGUUCGAUAUUCAUGCGAGAGUUAUUGUUAAGGACAGAGUGAUUCGAAGCCACAUCAGCAAUUGGCAGCGUAACGUGGGCGUGUGGUGCAUUUUCAGUUUGCACCAGCUCAAGCAUGAGGGAGGUAAAUUGCCAUCUUCCCAAAAGAUAAUACAGAGCCUUGUCGAUGCAGUAAAAAAAGCUGGUGGCCUUUUGCCGUCACCGCGUGGUUUCCCCGCAGAAGCCCCUGCAGGGGUGCUACGCCCAUGGCAAGGUGGUAUGAAUGCAGCUAAUUAUCCAUCUGACUUCACGCAUACUGGCGCGUCUUUAGUCCCAGAGUGCCACACCCCCUCGAUGCUUUUAGAGUCGCAACACGGACACGUACCUCAGCAAGAAGUCUCGGAACCGUGGAGCUUGGGAGAUGCGCCACAACCAGCUGUGGAAGAGGAUGUCUGGAUUGUCGAAGACGACCAGGCUGAUUCUGACGCAUUUCAUUGGCAACGUGUUCACCCUUGGGUUUAUGAAGUACCGCCAAACUCUGAUUGGCAGUUUAUUGCACCAACGGGAACAGGCGUUUCCUUUACGUACCCCGCAGGUGAUGCCCCUUUUGUUCAGCACUUCGUUCCCCAGGGUCACUUGAGUGGGACUGGCCCAUCGCCGGCGGUUUUUCAUGGCCCUUCGCCAGCCUACAGCAUGUUUGAUAGACAGGAAAGUGCUGCUUUCGGGCAAGUGCUUCCAUUCACAGCUCCAACAGGGGCCCUCCCAGUUCUUGUACCAAGUGCAGUUGUACAGGAGCAGGUGGCUCUUGUCCAGCAAAUGCCUGCGAAUUCAGGGGCUGCGCUUCCCAUUAACACUAGGGAACAGUGGCAGGGUAGCGAGUCGCCGUCUCAAAGCGGUGACCAAGCCGCGGAGUGA